UCGAUGACCCACAUCUGUCAAAACAAAAGAAUCUCUCUUUCCUUCUAGAUAAUUUGAUCGAUGGAUCCUGCGUACAAACAAACGGAAACCCAGAAUUCCAGUAACCAGAAAAGUUACAGUUGGUGGUGUACUGAACUAGAUAAAUUACUUGGGAGUUGGAACCCAUUUUUCUCCUUUUGAUUCUCUUCAACAAAAAUGGUUUCUUUGCCGAAAACAACAAUCUCUCUUAUCACCACGUUCAUCUUCGUUUACAGUUUCAUCAUCCCUGUAGCCUUCUGUGUCCCUUUCAUAGUUCUGCACGGCAUUGGCGAUAAAUGCACUAAUCGAGGACUCACACAUUUCACUGAAUUUCUAAGCAAUUGGUCUGGUUCUGAAGGAUAUUGCAUAGAAAUUGGAAAUGGAUCAUGGGAUUCUUGGACCAUGCCCCUACUCGAGCAGACAGAAAUUGCUUGUAAGCAGGUGAAGAAAAUUGAUGAAUUAAGUGACGGCUACAAUAUUGUUGGACUUUCUCAGGGUAACCUGAUUGGACGUGGGUUAAUUGAAUUGUGCGAUGGAGGGCCUCCGGUUAAGAAUUUUGUAUCACUUGGAGGUCCUCAUGCGGGCACUGCUUCGGUUCCAUUUUGUGGGCAGUCUGGGUUGAUUUGCUUACUCGUGGACACAUUGAUAAAGUUAGAGAUCUAUAGCAACUAUGUUCAGGAACACUUAGCUCCAAGUGGUUAUCUUAAAAUUCCAACAGAUAUUUCAAACUAUAUCGAAGGGUGCAAGUUUCUACCGAAGCUUAAUAAUGAAGUCGUUUCAGAGAGAAAUUCCACUUAUAAGGAACGGCUUGCUGGCAUAGAGAAUUUAGUGCUUAUCUUGUUCGAGCAGGAUACGAUUUUAAUACCUAAGGAAACCUCCUGGUUUGGGUAUUAUCCAGAUGGAGCCUUUAAUCCUGUUUUAACUGUAAAAGAGACGAAGCUCUACAAAGAGGAUUGGAUUGGUUUGAGAACCCUGGACGAAGCUGGGAAAGUUAAAUUCAUAAACGUCACGGGUAAUCAUCUCGAUAUCUCUAAAGGCGAUAUGAAGAAGUAUGUUGUACCUUACUUGGCAGAUCAAGCACCAGCACCCUCAACCCAGUCAAUGGCAACGACAUCAUCUUCAUCCUACCGAUCACUUUCAUAUAUCUGGAGCCUUCUCACCAAGCUCACUGAUCUCACAGGGGAUCAACCUUGGUUUCAUGUUGUGUACUAAAUUAAGUACCAAUACUUCUGUGCAUUCAAAAGAAAGAGCGUAACCGUAUUUUCUCAAUUUGUUGUGCCAUUUUUCAUGACGGAUCUUCACACGGCGAAUAUACAAUAUGUGAGAACAUUGGCUUCGCGGCCAUGGCGUUAAUGUAUGAGAGUGUUUUGUUAGGCUUCUCCUU